GUGGUUAACCAUCCGGACAGGAAACGUCGCUGAUCUUCAAUCAGAGAAACAAAGUUUCUGAAAUUAAAUCAUGUAAUAAUAAAAUCUAAUUAAAAUGUUGAUGAAGUGUAUUUAUGUCAUCAGCUCUGUUUGAAUGUUACAGGAUGAAUAAACUCAUUCAGUACUACCUGCAGUCAACGCAACACAACAUUACAACAACAUUACAACAACAUUACAACAGGUCCCUUCAGCGCUACAUCGAACACUGAAGUUUCCGAGCUUUGUGUGUGUCCGUGAAGUGGAUGAAAACUUGGUCAACAAGCCGCCAGUGGAGCUCCGAGCCCGGGACUUCUCCUUCAGUCGGACCGCGGAUUAUCGGUUAAUCGUUACACAACUCGUGCUGCCGGUGGACGCGGAGCUCAGUGAUGCCGCUUCUCCACAGAAAAGCCUUCAUCCGACAGAAACCUCCGGCGGACCUGCGGCCGGACGAGGAGGUCUUCCUCUGCAAGAUCACACACGAGAUCUUCAGGACCUACGAUGAGUUCUUCGAGCGCACCAUCCUGUGUAACAGUCUGGUGUGGAGCUGUGCUCUGACUGGCCGAGCGGGCCUCACCUACCUGGAGGCGGUGGAGAGCGAGCGGCGGGCCAAGCAGAGCCUGCAGAGCUUCCCGCCCCCUCUGGUGGUUCCUCUGCUCCACCUGGCCACUCUGAGCCGACGCUGCAGGCUGACGGAGCUCUGCGAGGACAUCUAUGCCUUUGUCAAAGAACGUUUCUUCCCCGGAGAGACGGUGGACGUCAACGGACGCAAUGGAGCCAGACAUGUGUGUGAGGUCCUGCAGGUCCACUCUCCUCAUUCCAGCGCUAACGGAGCACCGGCUGCUAACGGCCACGUCAAACCAGCUGAUGCCGACGCCAUCAUCAUUAGUGACAGUGACGACGAGAGCAGAACCUUCCAGAGUCCAACAGCCCAGAUGAACAGGAAAAAGAAGAAGCCUCUGAGUCCUUCAGUGUUCAGAUACACAGUGAGGAUGAUGAAGGACGAGCACAGUGAGCCGUUCACUGUCAAAGCUAAUCAGAUCAGUCGUAGGAAGACCACGGUGUCCAGAGAGAGACUGAAGCUGCUCUUUAAACAACACUGUGAACCUCAGAAUGGAACCAUCGCCCUCAAGCCCUCCACAGUGAUGAAGUUCCGGCUGUCUGAACAGACGUUCUCUCAGUUCUUUCCCGAUGAGCCCCCCCUGUUCCCCUUUAGCCCCGCUCCUAAAGGUGGAGGGCGGGGCUCACCUGCACAGGCGGGCUCGUCGCUGCUGAAGGCGGCGGAGAAGCUGAAGCUGCUGCAGCAGAAGGAGGAGAUGGCAGCGGCUGCUCAGGACAAAGCUCGGCUAAAGAAGGAGAAGGAGGAGGCGCAGGAGGCCAAAAGGAGGGAAAGGGAGGACAGAGAGAGGCAGAAGGAGGAGCAGAGGAGGAGGUUUGAGGAGGAGAAGCUGAAGAGGAGGGAGGAGAAGGAGCGCAGGAAGCUGGAGAAGGAGAGGGAGCGAGAGAAGCUGAAGGAGGAGAAGAAGAAAUAUGCAGAGCGACUCAAACUGUGGAACAAACCCAGAGAGGACAUGGAAUGUGAAGACCUGAAGGAGCUGCCCAGUGCGGUUCCAGUCAGGACCCGUCUUCCGGCCGAGCUCUUCGGAGAGGCUCUGAUGGUUCUGGAGUUCCUGCGGGCGUUCGGCGAGGUCUUUGAGCUGAAGGACGAGUUCCCUGACGGAGUCUCUCUGGAGGUUCUGGAGGAGGCUCUGGUGGGUUCUGAUCCUGAAGGUCCACUGUGCGAGCUACUGUUCUUCUUCCUGUCGGCCAUCUUUCAGGCUCUGGACGAGGAGCAGGAGGAGGUGGCCAAAGACCAGGCUGAAGACCUGUCGGAGGCUCUGGACGACGACUCUGACGCCACUCAGUCUGCGCUCAGUGCCAUUGCCUCAUUGGCUGCUGCCUGGCCUCAGCUGCAUCAGGGUUGCAGUCUGAAGCAGCUGGACCUGGACAGCUGCACGCUGUCAGAAAUCCUGCGGCUGCACAUCCUGGCGUCUGGCGCUGACUGUUACCACGGCAACGCCAAGUUCCGCUACCAGAAGCAGGGCGGGUUUACGCUGAUGGACGACCCGUGUGUCGAGCUGCGAUUGGCCGAGCCGGCGCUGCUGAAGAGGCUGUCGAACACAGCGGUGUACGACCUGAUGCCAGGGGAGAAGCUGAGGAUCCUUCAGGCUCUGGUGGGGAAGUUGCUGACGUUGGCGUCCAGCAGAGAUCUGAUUGAAGACUGUGUGGAGGAACAGAGAGCUGCAAGACAGGAAGUGAGAGAGAUCCGAGCUGAGCAACACCGCCGCGAGAGAGAGGAGGCCGCACACAGAGUUCGUCUUCGUAAAGAGGAGAAGCUGAGGGAGCAGGAGCAGAGGAUGAAGGAAAAGGAGGAGAGACUGAAGGAAGGAGUCCGGAUAAACAGUGACACUCCAGCAGAACAACGCGCUGAGGAAGACGAUGAGCAAAACUCUGCAUCCAACACGAAGAUGAAAACUAAACUUAACCAGAAAGACAAACAGCAGCCGAUGACCUCUGACCCCAAACCUCCGUCCGGCCCUUCCACCACCCUGACUGCAGAGGAGCUGGAGAGCGAGCAAGAGAAGGUUCGAGAGCUGCAAGAGCGGAUCCAGAAGGCGGCAGCCUGCACCUGUCUGCUGCCUCUGGGCAGAGACCGUCUGUACCGCCGGUAUUGGCUCCUCCCAUCUGCCUCCACUCUGUUCGUAGAAGACGACUGCUUCGGCCUGACGGAGGACAUGCUACACCCACAGCCAAAACCUGCACAGGACGCCACAACAAAGAUGGAGGACGAGGAGGUUGUCAAGGAGGAACCGGCAGAGGGAAGUGUUGGCUCAAGCCCUGCCCCCAUCAACACCUGUGGACCACCAGUCAAACGUCCCAACCAGUGGUCCUUCUACAGCUCAGUGGAGGAGGUGGAUCAACUGAUCGAGGCUCUGAACCCUCGAGGUCACCGAGAGAGCAGUCUAAAGGAGGCGCUGCUGCAGGAGAGAGAACGACUGCAACACCUGCUGCAGAACUGUGACAGGAGCAAGUACAGCCACACAGAUGAUCCAGAGUCGUCCAGAUCUGUCCCAGAAUGCACUGCUGCAGCUGAGACUCUGAUGGAGGUGAGACUGAGAGACCUGCUGCUGGACAUUGAGGACCGAAUCCACCAGGGAACUCUGGGAACUCUAAAGGUGAUGGACAGACAGGUGUGGCGCUCAGCACUGGAAGCAGGAAACUAUGAGCUGCUGUGUUCUGAUGGCCGAGAGAACGGAGGGAUGAAUGCACGAGUGGAGGCCAUGGAGGUGGACUCACCUGUCCACCUGAGAGCCAAAGACAGGCUGCAGGAGCUGAGGUCCGAUGGUAUGGCCUCAUGCAGUGGUACCGGUUCACCUCAGGUGGUCAGCAGCUCGGUCCGGGUUCUGGCUCAGGCCCUUGUUCACAUCGAGCACGGCAUCGAGAGACGCUUCCUCAAAGCUCCGCUGGGUGAGGAAGACUCAAAGAAAGACCAGAAGACGAAGAAGAGCAAGAAGAAGGACGAAGACCAGGCCAGCGAUGAUGGCAGUGACAGCGGUCGGAUCAGUAAGACAGUGUUGGAUCGGUGGAGGGAGUCUCUUCAGUCCUGUUCGAGUCUGUCUCAGGUGUUCGUCCACCUGUCCAGUCUGGAGCGAAGCGUGCUCUGGUCUCGCUCCGUCCUCAAUGCUCGCUGUCGCAUCUGCAGACGUAAAGGAGACGCCGACAACAUGCUGCUGUGUGACGGCUGUGACCGGGGACACCACACCCACUGUCUGAGGCCCCGCCUCAAGUCGGUUCCAGAGGGCGACUGGUUCUGUCCAGACUGUCGACCAAAACAAAGAUCCAGCCGUGUACCGUCCCGUCAGCGCUCUUCUAUUGACAAGGAGGAAGAGGAGGAUGAAGAACAGGAAGAUGAGGAGGAAGAGGAGGAGGAGUCAGAACAGGAAGAGGAGGAGUCAGACGAGGAGGAGGAGUCAGAGGAGGAAGAGGAGGAGGAAGUGGUUGUCAGCACCAAGAAGAGCCCGGCCCCGCCCCCUAAAGGCAAGAACCAACAGGCCGUGCCCAAAGGUCAACAGGCCUCAGCAGGGAAAAACUCAUCAGCCUCCAAGUCCUCAGGGAAAAAGACCACGCCCCCCACAGUGAAGGCCAACACAGCAUCUGGAGGUAAAGCUCCGGCCCGCUCUGGGAGUCGGGUCAGCGCCCGUCUGAGCCACAUAAUCCUGCCAACGAACGGCAACACCAAGACAUCACCUGGACAGAGCGAGCCCUGCAAGAGACCGCUAACAGACGUGACUCCGCCUUCUAAAGCCUCGCGGCCCAUCCUCCUCGUCGCAGCCCCUUCAUCAUCAUCAUCAUCAUCAUCAUCAUCAUCCAGCCGGCGCUCCUCCGGCCGCAGUCAUGGAGUCCAUGAGCUGUCAGCCUGUGAGCAGCUGACAGUGGAGCUCGUCAGACAUGAAGACAGCUGGCCCUUCAUGAAGCUGGUCUCCAGGACACAGGUCCCUGACUACUAUGACAUCAUAAAAAAGCCAAUCGCUCUGAGCACGAUCAGAGAGAAAGUCAACAACUGUGAAUAUCAGACAGCAGGUGAGUUCAUCUCAGACGUGGACUUGAUGUUCUCCAACUGUCUUCGUUACAAUCCUCGCCACACUAACGAGGCGAAGGCUGGUCACCGCCUGCAGCAGUUCUUCCACUCAGAGCUCAGCAGACUCGGCUUAUCAGAGCGCGGCUCCACCCCGCCGGCCAAACGCUCCCGACACUGAACCAAACGCACCCCUCUGACCUCACCGCGUCUGAGCUGAUGGAACGAGUCCUUCAUGACCUCUGACCCGGUGAACCUGUGGGUCAUCAGCAGACUCACGGGUUCACGUGUCAGAGGUCAUGAAGAGGUUAGAUCCCUCUGAGACUGUGGUUACCUGAUCAGCUGGUCACCUGACCCGCGAACAGCUGAUCACCUCUGAGUUCUUCGUAGAAAAGUUGUGGAGUAGAUUUUCCCUCCGACCUGCUGAUGUUCAGGGCAUUGACUUCCUGUCUGUGUGGACAGGCGGCGGACAUGUAGAAGAUGUUCCCGCGGUGCUGUAGGACCGUAGAGCCCAUAGAGUCCGAACAGUUCUGAUCCAGAGAACCACUAAAGAACCUCGAGCUUUGCACUGACAAUUCAGAGAACCCAAUCAGGCCGUUGGUUUGCUCAGGGACCAAAGUUUGGAUCGGAACCACAAACAGUUCCCGAUAGUGCAGCUGGUUUUUACUUAAGCAGAGCGUCGUCACGGCAACAAGCUCUCACACUCAAUGUCACGGACGACGUGGUGUCCGCGGAUCACUGCACGCCGUACGAUGUUCUGAUCCGAACUUUGACUGAACCUUGUGGAACCGGCUCAGGUGUGAUCGUCACAUGACCACAGUUACCUGUUUGGGUCGUAAUGACAUCACCUGAGUAAAGUCCAUGAGAAAUGGUCGAAAGUUCGGCAUGUUCAAAACAUUUAACGGACUUUAGUUCUGUUCAGCUCCUCAGACAGCCUGUUGCUCACACCUUACCAAAGGUGUCAGUCCUUCUUAAGCUCCGUCUUCUUUUGCUCUGUGGAACCUCAGAUCACUUCCUGUUUCCUGACCUGUCACUUCCUGUGGCGAUGUAGCCUCAUCUCAAGUUAGCAUCUUAGGCUGCUAGGUGGUUAGCGCUAUAGCAUGUAGCUAACAUGUAGCGUAGCACAGGAAAGGAGGAAGUUGACUGAGGCUUGCUCGACUGUGAUUGGAGCACAGAGGAAAAGGGCUUAUGGUUGUUGGAUCUUGAAGUCGCCAUCUGUCGCGAUCACACGGAACUAAAUGAAAUGAUCCGCAGACUUCCAUCGUUCAUUGAACUGUUAAUGAGGUCAACGCAAACCCCGCCCACCAAUGAUGACCCGCCCCUGUCUCAUGUGACAAGUCAGUGAGGUGUCAUGAAUAUAAUUAUCAUAAUUUAUGUUAUUGAGAUGAAGGUGUUAGGGUUAAUUUGGUCCUGACCUCGAGCAGUAAACAAAGGAACAGUUCAUUAGCUUAGCUUAGCAUAAAGCCUGCAGAUUGACAUUAAUGACCCAAACAGAGAAAACAUGAACUGUCCCUUUAAGAGCCAGCGUUGCCGUGGCCUCUGUGGAUUUGUAGUUUUUUUGUUUGUUUUUUUUUGCAUUUUGACUACUGCAUCAUUUCCUGCUUUAGGCUGUUUGUUCUUCUUCUGUGGUGUUAGUGCGCCGCUGCAUAUUUAUUUAGUUUUCUUUAUUUAUGAUGAUAGACGCCGCCGCCGCUCACGCUCUCUAACCUGUGUGUUUUUGUUCUCGUGUACAAAUAAAUGACGUUUUAUAACCA